AUGGAUGCUUUCUUGUCAAGAAAAAAGCCAAGACUGUCACGGACGCAGCCGGAGGACGAAACAGUGAAGCGAUCUGACGGAUUAGAGACAACAGCUUCUGAUGGUGAAGAGUCAACAGAUAUCAAGUUGGCUAUUCUGAUAUCUCUGCAUCCAAACGUCAAACAAGACGAAUUACUCGACAUCCUUGUAUCAUGUGAUGGGUCAGUCGAAAGUGCGUCUUCCAUACUGUCAUCUCAAAGUCUCACAGCAUAUACCACCCCAAAGAAGCGGCCAGCUGCGAGUUCGUUCCUCGGUAUUCAGACAUCCCUGUCGUCUCACGUCUUGACGAAAUCCGAAGAUGGAUCUCUCAUGCCUCUCAAAGAAAUAAAACCUUUGGUGCCAAAGAAAGGAAAGACAAUACAUCUUUAUGCGCCGCAGGAUAUUGCAGCAAACACCCCUUGUACUAUCAUCCACAACUUCCUUCCACCAGAAGAGGCCAAUACACUUCUCAAAGAACUAUUGGAAGAGUCAGAAUAUUUUUCGAGAUACGAAUUCCAGCUCUUCAGUCGUACAGUUCAGAGUCCCCAUACGGCAUGCAUAUAUGUUUCAACGCCUGAGGAAUACAAACAGCAGACAUCCGAAUACACGUACGGCGGCACAUAUCGAGCAAAUGUACGACAAGCACCAUCGAAUCUACGUGCAGCCUCGGGAAAAGUCCAACGCACCGUAAACGAGGAAAUUCAAAAACGUAUCCGCGAUGUCUACCCGGACGGCAAGAAACUGAAAUAUCAGUCACCAAAGCCGUGGCGUCCGAACGCAGCUUUUGUGAAUUGCUACGAUGGGCCAGCUGAAAGUGUGGGGUACCAUGCGGACGAAUUGACAUAUCUAGGUCCACACCCGGUGAUUGGUAGCCUUAGCUUAGGCGUGGAACGGGAAUUCCGCAUUCGCCGAAUUAUACCUCGAGAUGAAGAGGAAGAGAACGAUGAUCAGCAAAAUGGCUCCCCAUCCGAAAAACCCAAAAUCGCCAAGCCAUCUUCUGCCCAUGCGGAUGCUCAGGGGCAGAUCUCUAUACACCUACCUCAUAAUUCUCUUCUCAUAAUGCACGCAGAGAUGCAAGAGGAAUGGAAGCACGCAAUUAAUCCUGUUCAAACCAUCUCACCACAUCCAAUCUCUGGAAAUUGCCGCAUUAAUAUAACAUAUCGUUGGUACCGCGAUACCCUGCAUCCACGAUAUACACCACGAUGUCGUUGUGGGGCACAUGCAAUUCUGCGAUGCUCGCAGCGGAAACACGAGUCUCGCGGCAGAUAUAUGUGGAUGUGCUAUACUGGGUACGCGCCGGGGAAAGAGGGUUGCUCAUUUUUCCAGUGGGCCGAGUUUGAUGAGGACGGCGAUCCUGUAUGGAGCCAUCAUGAUAAACAGAACCAGAAUGCUGCACCGGCACUAACCAAUUUCUCGGCAUCCCAAUCAUCUCAAUAA